AUGGCUGAUAAUUUGAUGAGACAAGGUCAAUCAAUUGUUGAUGCUUUUUAUAAGCAGGAUGAUGCUGCAAAAAAUGAAUACAGAAUCAGAUUGAAUACUUCAAUUGAUGUUUGUAGAUAUUUAUUACGACAAAGAUUACCUUUUCGAGGUCAUGAUGAGUCAGUAGAAUCAGCUAAUAGGGGAAACUUCAUAGAGCUUGUGAAAUAUACUGCAGAUCAAAAUGAGCUUGUACGGAAGGUUGUGUUGGAGAAUGCUCCAAAAAAUAAUCAUAUGGUGUCUCACAAAAUUCAGACUGAUCUAGUGCAUUGCUUUGCAGAGGAAGUUAUCGAAUCUGUUAUUCAUGAAGUUAACCACGAUGUAUUUUGCUUGUUGGUGGAUGAGUCUGCAGAUGUUUCUACUAAGGAGCAAGUAGCAAUGGUUUUUCGCUUCGUUGAUAAAGAUGGGAUACAUCUUGUAAGAGGAAAGAUAUGGUUCGAGAAGACCAACGAAGGAUCAUCGAAGAAGGAAUUAGUCAAGCAUCUUGUAAGAGGAAAGAUAUGGUUCGAGAAGACCAACGAAGGAUCAUCGAAGAAGGAAUUAGUCAAGUUGAUGUUACUUCUUCUCGGGAUCACAAAUACUCUAUCGGUGGCUCUGCAAAGGAAAGAUCAAGACAUUUUGAAUGCUAUGUCUCUGGUGAAAUCUACCAAGCAACAAUUGUACAAUCUCAGGGAUAAUGGAUGGGAUUCUUUGGUUGAAAAAGUUAAUUCUUUUUGUGAGAGUCAUAACACUGAGUUGAUCAUCAUGGAAGAAGAAUUUGUUGAUCCAAAGAAGCCAAGACGGAGAACCAACAUGACAAACUUGCAUCAUUAUCAGGUGGAAUGUUUUUACACUGUAUUGGAUAUGCAAAUUCAAGAGUUUAAUGAUCGUUUUGACGAGUCGAAACUUGUGAGGUUAUCUGAGUUUUAUCCUGAAGAUUUUAGUUCUGUGGAGCGGAUAUCUCUUGAGCAUCAACUUAGUAUUUACAUCGAUAAUAUCCGUGAAGAUAAAAGGUUUGCUAAUUUGGAGAGUCUUGGAGAUCUUGCACGUGUAAUGAUGGAGACAAAAAAACAUCUUUCGCAUCCUCUUGUUUAUCGACUUUUGAAGUUGGUUUUGACUUUACCUGUUGCCACUGCUACAGUCGAAAGAAACUUUUCUGCGAUGAAAAUUGUGUAG